UGUGGGUGACGAAUCGUAUGACGGUUCGUUACGUCGCAACUUCAAAUCCAAUCAGCUUUGAAUGUUUUCUGUAGGAAAUAGUUUGAAUUCGUUUGCUAGUCAACUUGUAAACGUGUGAUGAAAAGUUCGUGUUUUUGUUUUCAUAGCGCUGCCACACACAAAGAAUGAAGUAUGGAUAAUCAUAUCAAAAUGUAUAUGAAAGACAACGACAAUGUUUUCAGGAAUACGUUGGAGCGAAUUUUUGAAAAGUACUCCAGAGUUGAUGGCUCAGGUGUGGAAGUGUGUUUGCAGUCCAUGACUUGCCGUACGGAAGAAGGAAUCCGACCUUGGAAUGGAGAAGAGGUUGAAAGACAGAUGAGGUCGCUGAAGACCAUUGCAGAUUCCACAGGAAUUUCCGCCCGAGGACAAGACACCAGUGGAGAUAUUCAACUGGACGAGACCCAGACCUGCUGCGAUGACCCUUCUGUUUCUGAAUCCCAGAUGGAGAGAACCUCUGAAACCGCUUCCUGGGAGUCUGGCCCAGACGGGAGUGCAGUGCAGCCGGAGCAGCAGGACGAGGAGCUGGAGCGCACGCUGAGCAGCCGGGGCAGCCUCCUGGACCUGUAUCCCAGCAUGCUCUGCAAGGUGGGCGGGGCCUGGCGCAGGCAGGCUGUGACAGAGGCAGCCAAUGCUGUGCUGCGCAGAUAUCGCAGACGAGGCAGACCACGCCCCCAGAUCCAGGCCCUCAAACUCCGCCCCCAGAGGCAGGGUCUGCAGGCAGGAGGGGCGGGGCAGGGGGCAGGUCCCGUGGUGACGGACAGUGGCUCUCUCUCGCGCACCUUCACGGUGAGCAGGGCUUCACCCAGAUCCUCCCCCCAGAACACCCUGCAGCCACACCACCAGCCUUCCCGGCCAGCCUAUCAGGAGCGGAGCUUUCCCUCACGGCUCACUUCCUUGCCCCACAGGCCACCUCCCCUUUACAGUAGCCCCUCCCCCAUGCCCCACAGGCCACCUCCCCCUUACAGUAGCCCCUCCUCCAUGCCCCACAAGACACAUCCCCCUUACAGUAGCCCCUCCCUCAUGCCCCACAAGCCACAUCCCCCUUACAGUAGCCCCUCCCCCUUGCCCCAGAGGCCGCCUCUCCCUGUCGCUAGCCCCUCCCAGUGGGAGAGGGGCCCCAGUCAGGCUCCGCCCCCCUGCAGUGAGCAGUGUCUGCGCCGGCGGUCCUUCUCGGGAUUCCCGGCGUUCCGGGCGUUCCCGGCCUCACGCUCCCAGGUGGAUGAGCAGUUUGAGGAGCUGUACCAGCGCUAUGUGUGCCAGCCCAAACCUGGCUGGUCUCUCCCGAGCCUCUCCUCCCCGCUCCCCCGUGCCCUGGCUGCUCUCGCCCUGUCCCCUCUCUCCCCUCGGGUUCGCAAGCGGGGCCGGGCGCCAGAGCCCAACACCCCCAAGCCCAAGCGCUUUCGGGAGGGGAGCCCCUCCCCCUCGCCGCAGAGCUGGCCUCACUACCACAGGACUACAGCUCCCAUGAGCCCCUGCAGGCCUGCGGGAGCUGCCCACAAAACUACAGCUCCCAUGAGCCCUGUCUCCCCUGGACACUCCCACAGCAACCAGUUGGGUGGAGCCUUCCGGAAAGACCCGUGUUCCCACAGUCCGCAGAGACACACGGGUGCGGCCUGGUCCAGCCGGGCUCAAUCUGAGGGAAAGUUUCCUGUAAGAUCCAGUAUCUCCUGGCCAAGGGGAUUUUCACCAAGUUCAUCUCGAAGGCGGCUUCUGUACGGUCUACCAGUGACCAAGGGAGCCACAGCCUGGUGACCCUACUCAUACCACCACCUUUAUCAGUGAGAGUGACUCUCACCUGCGCUCCUGCAUUCUAUGGUGAAAGCUGUGCGCUCCUGCAUUCUAUGGUGAAAGCCGUGCGCUCCUACAUUUUAUGGUGAAAGCCCAGUGCUCCUGCAUUCUAUGGUGAAAGCCCAGUGCUCCUGCAUUCUAUGGUGAAAGCCCAGUGCUCCUGCAUUCUAUGGUGAAAGCCCAGUGCUCCUGCAUUCUAUGGUGAAAGCCCAGUGCUCCUGCAUUCUAUGGUGAAAGCCCAGUGCUCCUGCAUUCUAUGGUGAAAGCCCAGUGCUCCUGCACACUUCUGCAUUCUAUGGUGAAAGCCCAGUGCUCCUGCACACUUCUGCAUUCUAUGGUGAAAGGUUUCUUUACUUUGGUCCACAGGUCUCCAGCUGUAGUAUCUGAAACAUCUAAUUUCCUUCUGGUCUUGUGACAUUGAUAUUGCUAGAGAAUUGAAGGCAGUAUGUAUAAUUUUAUUCGGUAGCCCUCAUGAUCUCCUCACUGUUGAGCUGUAACUGCAUGAUGUCGUGAUUGGGCUAGUUGUGUGUUACACUGGUGUUGUGGUCAUUGAGUAUUGUCUAUGUCUUGUACAAAAAUGUAUGCGUUUGCUUUGCUUAAAGAAAUACGAUUUCAUUUUUAAUAAAAUAAAAAGUCAUUUUCAAUAUGAA